AUGGAGUCGGACAAGAUAUUGGACGCAGUCAGACGGGCAAGAGCCUUCAGGCUCUGCCUACGACGCAUCUGGGCUGUCGCUGCGAGCCUUCCGGACAAAGAAAAGAGCCUACCGACUCUCAUCCCAGCCCCUGACAUAUUUUCGGUUCCUGGUCACGACAGGCAGCAUCACGAGCAUGAGCAGUGCACUUUCGACUUCUGCGAGCACUCAAGAGUCGAUUUCACAUCCGUGGCACAGCACCAUGAGAAGUGUCCCAAGGACUGCGGCCAUUUUAUCUUCCCCUUGGAGCAGCUGGAAGAACGAGUGGAAGCCGGGAGACCCACGGCCUGGAAGUUGGACGAUCGGUCCUUACUUGACACCUCACAUCCAUACAUGGCGGUAUCACAUGUCUGGGCUGACGGUACUGGCGCAGGGACAUGGCGCCCAGGACAAGUGAACAAAUGUCUCUACACAUUCAUUUGCGACAUUGCCCGUCAUUUUCAGUGUGAGGGAUGCUGGUGGGAUACAAUCAGUAUCCCGCUAGACGACGAGAUUCGCGGCAAAGCACUCAACAACAUGCACAAUAACUAUGCCGACGCGAGGAUCACAUUGGUCCACGAUCUGUACCUUCGCGAAUGGGAGUGGGUCGAUGCCGAGACUGCUUGCUUCGCCAUCGCCAUGUCGCCCUGGUACAGCAGAGGAUGGACAUCUCUGGAACUUGCCAAAUCACACAAGGUCAAGAUCUUGUUCAAGGCAAGAAACGACGAGCAUGUGAUCAAGGACCUCGACGUUGACAUACUUGCCGAGAUUCCACCCUCCAGCCGUUAUCAUGCCACUGCAGAAUCUAUUCGUAAGCUGAGGAGUGCCAGCAUACAAAGCUUCGGCGACCUUCUGGCUAUCCUGGGUCCCCGCGACACAUCGAAACCCCGAGACGUUCCCAUUAUCUCGGGGCUUCUGGCCGGGGUGGAUGUAUCUGGAGGGCUAUCACAACAGGAGAUCUACCAACGAAUCCUACGCAAGCUGGGAAAGGUCGCUCAAGGCAACCUCUUCCACAACUCGGCAACCAUGUCAGCGCCCGGUUUCAGCUGGUGCCCAACAAACAUCUUAGACAUGCCUAUGGCCGAAAGCGACUCCGCGACCCUAGAACUUCUUGAGAAUGGCGACCUCGAGGGGAUGUGGAGAGUUCAUCCUGCUGACAGCGUCAACACGGAAGACUUCAUCUGGAAAGGCACACAUCCACUCACGCAAGUAUCCCUCAACUUGGCCUUAAACGACAAAAAUAAGGCUAGUCACAUUCUCUUGGUCGAGAAUGGGAAGUCCCAAAGGAGAGCCCUGCUUGUCAAGCCUAUGAUAAAUGAACAGGGACCAUUGCCAUUGCUUUGCUGUCAUUUUGUCGGACCAGUCUACUUCAGCUCUGCUCUGGAUGGGAGCAUCGAGAACGGAGAAUUUUUGGAAGCAAGAGUCAGGAUAGGCAGCACGGAUGGUAUGAAGGAGCUACCGUACGCAUGGAGCAGCGUGUUCUCGAUGGUCAAGAGUAAAAUAUUAGAGGGCAAAGCCUCUUCUCUGGAAGACACAGCAACGACCGGACGUGGAAUCCAAACUUCUCAAUCACAAGCUUCGUUUGAUGAGAACGAUACCAUCAAAAUGGGCUCAAAAAACUGGAAGGCGCUCUUAUAUUUUGAAGAGGAGGCAUCGAAAUCACUGUUUGAGAAGUCCUGGAUGCUUCAGUCCUCCGCGGACUCGGGUUCCAAGUUGCUAGAGGGCAUGGCACUGCACUUCAUGAACGGCAACGACAGCUCAAACUCCUCUGUGAAAGGCCAAGCACUAUUCUACGGGCAUCAAGACAUCAUCGACUAUAUCAUUCCUUGGCUCGACAAAGUCGAAGCUGGGUCGAUGAUGCUCCUAGCUCUCGACGAAGAUGACAAGAUCAGAGACGAUUCUGACGAUGAUCCAACAAGAGAUUUGCUUGCGAGCGAUGCACUCCUUCUAGCUAGUGCGCAGAAACAGGACAAAUGGGUCAAGCCUCUAGUCACACUGCUGUUGGAUAACAAUGCUCAGCAUAGCUCCAAUCUGUGCGGAGACACGCCACUACAUUUGGCCGUGGAGCACGGGUGUGUCGGAAUCGUCGAGAAUCUUCUGAAAAACCAGACAAAUCCGGCAGAUGCGGACGCGGUGAAUUCAAAAAAGCAAAGUGCAAUUCACAUAGCUGCCGAGAAAGGUCGCUCUGAUGUUGUCAGGCUCUUGGUAGAAUACAGCAAAAAUUUGAAUGCCCGAGACGAUGAAAUGGGAUGGACUGCAUUGCAUUUGGCAGCUCAGAAGGGGGAUGAAGAGAUGGUACAGCUUCUCCUGGACCGAGACGCGGAUCCAGAGCUCUCAGAUUGGAGUGAGAGUGAGGACACAGCGCUGCAUCAUGCGGCCAGGAGAGGCCACGAGGGCAUUGUGGAAGCUGUUCUAGACCAUGUUGUGAAUGACGAUUGGAAGUCAGCGAUAACCUCACACUCGACAGCCUCUGAUGGUGGCGAGAAUAUUGACGACAAGACCAACGGAGACACUGGCAAGAAGUUGGAUGGCGAGACCAACGACAAGGUCGGCGGGGAUAAUGACAGAAAGAGUGACGGGAAGAAUGAAGAGGGGAUGGAUCCUAAUGUCCCGAAUGGCCAGUCUCAGACAGCGCUGCAUCUGGCAGCAGAGAAAGGCCAUGAGAGAGUCGUGAAAGUCCUCAUCAACAAAGGAGCACGGCUAUGUGCUGUGGACGGAAGCGAACAUACGGCCUUGCGGCUAGCAGCCAAAAAUGGGCAUGCCAAAACCGUUGGGACACUACUCAGUCAGCAGAAGAGUGAGAAAUUCGAGCAGAGCGAACUUGACAAUGCUUUACUCUUGGCUGCCGCCGGAAAGCAUACGGACACAGUCGACAAGCUUCAAAAGAAGGGAGCCAGGUCAGGCCCUCAAGAUUCCCAAGGAAUGACAGCCUUGCAUUGGAUAAUUGAAUUCAAACUUGACUGUAACAUUAAGUCACUCAUCGAACGCUUGGAGGAUGGAGAUGUGGAUAAAAAGGAUGACAAGAGGCAACAAUCAGCCCUUCUUCUGGCGGCAGAAAAGGGAGUGAGGGCUGCCGUACCUCAAUUACUCAAGAAGGGAGCCGAUGUGAAGCUCAAGGACUCAGAAGAACGAACGGCGCUGCAUUGGGCAGCCAUCGGACGCAAUGUGGAAAUCAUCGGAAAACUGCUCAAGUCGGAACCAAAGCCUGAGGUAAACGAGCAGGAUUAUCAAGGUCGAACGGCCUUACAUUGGGCUGCUCGAAGUGGAUCGAUCGAUGCAACAAUGCUCCUCCUUGAUGCAGACAUGCACGAUGUCACCGAAGACAAGCACGGCCAAUCAGCCUUGAUAUUUGCAGCGUGUAACGGACAAGCGGCAACGGUCAAGGCACUGCUCGAUAGGGGAAGUCCCCCAAAGGCGCAGGACCAUGAGCAGAAAACUGCCCUCGACUGGGCCGCAACCAUUGGAUCGGACGCAGUAGUCCGCCAAUUGCUUCCAAAGAUCGAAGUGGAUGAAUCUAGGAAGAAGGCAAUGGAACUGGCAGCGAAUGGACGUCACUUAUCUGUCGCGACAUUGCUCUACGAAAGUAUUAAGGACCCUAAAGUUCAGGCCUCGGUAUUCCCUACAGUUCUGUUCUUGGCAUCUGCCACCAAACAAUAUUCGUCAGUGGUUCGAAAACUCAUUGGAAGUGAUUUCGAUCUCAAUCACACAGACAAGCGGGGUCGAACAGCGCUGAUGCUGGCAGUCGAGAAUCGAAAUCGGCGGCUCACAAGCGAGCUUCUUGACCUCAAGGCGGAGACUGAUUUGAAAGACACGGAGGGAAAAACGGCACUGAUGAUAGCAACCCAAUUGGAUGAAUGGGAGAUGGUUGGAUUGCUACUACGGGCCAACGCCGAUCCAGAUGUCCAAGACAAACGGAACUACACAGCACUGCAUUAUGCUAUUGAAGCGGAAUCCUAUAUGGGUGUAGACCUGCUUCUUAGUAAGGCUAAUCCCGACAUCCCGGAUUUCCGUAACCGCACUGCAUUACACACAGCAAUAGAAAGGUUUGGACUCGGCCGUCCAGAAUUUUUCAGAGAAAGAAGGCGGAAGGGAAUUGUGAAGCUUUUGCUAUAUCACGGGGUGGGACUUGAUUUAAAGGACGGGCAAGGCCAGACUCCACUACACUUGGCCGUCCUCAAGGAUCGGUAUGACAUUGUGGAGCUGCUUUUGCCUUUUGAAGAUGGUGCCAUCUCCAGGCCCAUGCAACAAACACACGCCCUAGACAGCGAAGAUGCCGACGGGCGAACUCCACUACUGCUGGCAGCGGAGAAGGGAUACUAUUUUCUCGUGGACUAUCUGCUCAACAGUGGUUUCAGGCCAAAUGCUCAGGACAAAACAGGGCAAACGCCGCUGUUGCUGGCAGCGGAGAGAGGAGAUAGCCUAUCGGUAAAAGCGCUUCUAUGGAAAAACGCGGAUCCAAAUCUUCGAGGUCCUCGAGGGCGCACACCUUUAUUUCAAGCGGCACGGAAUGGCCAUGAAGAGAUUGUCAGAACUCUCCUUGAGAAAGAGAACGUAAACCUCGAUGCUCGAGACGCUAUGGGCCGGACAGCGCUGCUGCUCGCAGCCGAGAAUGGCCAUGCUGACAUCGUCAAAGAACUCUUAGAUCGCGCAGCAAACUCAACAAUUGCGGACUACGAGGGGAAGAAGGCAUGGCAGAAGGCUAUGGACAAAGGGCAUGCGUCCGUAGUCGGCAGACUUCUUUCUGUUCCUGAUGCGCCCAUCCAAGACAGGAAGUCUGUCAACGAAGCAUUACUGUUGGCAUCCAGAAGAGGUUGGGUCACACUGGUCGAAGUCCUGCUCGAGAAAAAAGCGGAUGUGAUAUAUCAGAGCCGAGAAGGGUGGACGGCGUUGCACAUGGCUGCCAUGAGUGGACACCAAGAAGUGGUACAGAAGCUACUGAAAAAGGAUUUGCACAUCAUCAUUAGAGACGGAAAAGGCCGGACCGCCCUCAUGCAAGCUACCGAACACGGAUUUGAGUCCAUUGUGGGAAUCCUGCUCGAAAGGGACGAGGUCAAGACCAACAUCGACGGUUGGAUGGGCCGAGAAGCGCUGUUGUUUGCGGCCGAGAAAGGUUACACCGGUAUCGUCAAGCUGCUCCUCGAGAACAGCGUAGACUGCAAUACCUUUGAUUCGGAAAAGAGAACGGCAAUGGCACGAGCUGCAGCAAAUGGACACGGGGCUAUCGUCGAGCUACUACUACAGCGAAAGGCAAAUUCGGCCAUCAAGGACGACCACGAUAGGACGGUUCUGCACCACGCAGCCUGGGGAGGCUACGAUGAUGUCGUAAGCAUCCUGCUGAAAAACGAGGUUGACUUCAGCGCUUCGGACAGCCGUGGACAAUCAGCACUACACCUAGCUGCGGAGCGGGCCUCGAAAGAAGUUGUUGAACGACUCCUUGAGAAGAGAGCCAAUGUCAACGCAAGGUCCAUGGAUGGUCAAACAGUGCUACACCGUGCGGCCUGGGGAGGUUCCUGCGAAGUAGUUAAGCUGCUACGCCAAAACGGUGCUGAUCCCUUCAUCCGCGACAACUCGGAAAACAAACCGUGGCAGGUUGCGGCAGAGAAGGGGCACGAGUCAAUAGUUCAGGUUCUCCUAGAGGAAGAGGAGAGUGUCUACGAUGAGCGCAUUCUGGCAAGAAAAGGGCUCAUCUUUGCCGCCCAGAUGGGGUAUGCAGACAUUGCGAGCUCGCUACUGAAAAAGGGGGCGGAAUCCGCCGUGAAGGAUAAGGACGGUCUUACACCACUUCACUGGGCCGCGGCACGAGGCGAUAAAGUACUCGUCGACUUGCUUAUAAGAGAAGGAGAUGGGUUGAUUGACAAGCAGGACUGCCAGCGGCGGACAGCUCUCUGCCUUGGCGUCAUACGUGCCCGAGCCGCAGUGGUGGAGACUCUGCUUCAGUGCGAUGCCGAUGCCAACAUCCCUGAUGAAAAAGGACGAACAGCUCUACACCAUGCAGCAGAGACUGGGAACUGGGAAAUUGUGCAUAUCCUACUCAACCACCAGGUUGACCCACAUAUCCGCGACUGCCAGAAGAAGAAAGCCUGGCAACUCGCAGCCGAAGCCGGCUAUCACCAGAUAGUCCGCUUAUUGUUGGAUAAAGAAGUCGUCGGGAACUCCCAGAGUCAAAAAAAGGAGGAGCUAUUUCUUAGGAUGGCCGAGGAAGGCAUGAUGCCAAUGGUCCAAGUGCUCCUUGAGAAGGGCGUGAACAAGGACGCAAAAGAUCGAUUCGGAAGGGUAGCGAUCGGCCUAGCCGCGGAGCACAGCAAAGACGAGGUUCUCGAGCUACUUCUUUCGAAGGGCGCAAACCCAGGAAUUCCGGAUUUGAGGAAGCAAACACCCCUUUUGUGGGCAGCAAAAGCCGGAAAUUCCAGAAUCAUCAGCUCCAUUCUCGGCGACAUCACCCCGACGGAGCGCUCAUGCAAUGAGUCUACUGCUGAACAUAGCAACGCUCUACCGAACUCAACGAAGGAUGUUAUCUCUAAGGCGGAAAUAUUAAACCACACCGACUCCGAGGGCCGUACAGCACUAUCCAUAGCCGUUGAGAAUCAGCACGAGAAUGCUGUGAGACUUUUGCUCGUCAAAGGCUCCCCGGACAUUGACGUCAACGUACAAGACAUAGCAGGAAGGACGGCAUUACACCUGGCAGCAGAAAACGGCAAUCGAAAUCUUGUUCAACUUUUGUUGAAGAAGAAGGCAAAGCAGGAUAUUCAAGACGACCUGGGACGGACAGCACUGCUCCUAGCAGCCGAACAUGAAAAGUAUUCCGUGGUCGAGGCUUUGCUCGAAGCCUCGGUGGACUAUUUGGAUGUAUCAGAUUCGCACAAGCGAACGCCUCUGCAAGUGGCCACCGAACGGGGAAACAAGGAUAUAAUCCAAUUACUGCUGAGCAGUGGGGCGGAUACAAAUCUUGUGGACGAAGAGGAGCGUACGGCGCUGCUGCUUGCAGCCGAGAAUGGCGACAAGGAGGCUAUUGAUCUCUUGUUGAAGAAUGGAGCCAACCGAGAACACGGAGAUGUGCAUAAGAGAACUCCCCUUCUCCUCGCCGUCGCAAAUGGAGACAAAGCAGUGGUGGAGACUCUCCUCGGCCAUCCUAAUUACGACAUGAGCAUCAAGGAUCGGCAAGAGCAUGAUCAGAAUCUGUUGCGCCUGGCAGUGCAGAGCGGGAACAAAGAAGUAGCGUGGCUCAUCGCGAGGCGGAUCGCAUCCAAUACACAAAACAGAGGCGCAAACGAAGAACGAUGCACACUCACGGAAGCUUCUCCAUACGAAUCUUCCAUGGCCUGA